AUGCCUAACACCGCCUUCAUUUCUGCAAUUGUACCAACCACCGCCGAUGCAAGGCCAUCACUACCAAUCCCCAAGUUCGUUGAUUGGCACCUCACCCUAGCAGACCUUGUUUUGCAAGAUGACUUAGGCGCGCCUGUCAACGAAAGUGUCCAUGUGUAUGGGUACACAAUGAACAACCACAAGCUCGCUCGUGGUCGUAUUUAUCACCUAUAUGGGCCCUUUCAAGAGCCAGUUUCUGGCCAAGCGAUGAUACGACAUGACCAAACUGCUCAAAGCGAGAUAGGCACGCACAGUAUCAAUCGCCAGGAGAUCGCCGGCAAAGCCAGCAUUAGUUCUUAUGGAAAGGUGAUUGCCUUUGAAUACAAUAAUGUCCAUAAUUCCAACGGGCAGUGGAAUCUCACGGUUAUAGCGGCACAUGAGCUCGCAAUCCCAGUGAUUAUCUAUUGGUUUGGGUACUACACUCCUGAGAGUGCUCAGUGGAAGUAUAUCAGACAUGAUUUGAUGAUGUCCUUCAGUGGACGAUUGGUAGGCAAAGAUCCGGAAACUGGUCGAUUCAUAGUGAAUGUCAUUGAUUAUACUGUGCACAAAACCUGUGCGAUAUGA